UCCUACCAACGGAGUUUAUCUAAAUCAGGCUAUUCCAUCUACUAGUAUCUUGAUAUUAGGACGAGAGCGACGGGUGUCGGAAAGGUGUUAUCGAGGCAGCACAGAGGCAGAGAGUGAGGAUGCUGACUGGUAAAUUGGUAAAAGACAUAGACAGAUAUCAAGCUGUCCUUACCUCGUUACUAUCACUCGAGGAGAACAAAUUCUGCGCUGAUUGUGAAUCCAAAGGUCCCAGAUGGGCAUCAUGGAACCUGGGUAUAUUCAUCUGUAUCCGCUGUGCUGGGGUCCACAGGAACCUGGGGGUCCACAUCUCCAGGGUCAAGUCUGUCAACCUGGACCAAUGGACACAGGAACAGAUACAGUGUGUUCAGGAGAUGGGGAAUGCCAAGGCCAGACGACUUUAUGAAGCUUUCCUACCAGAGUGCUUCAUACGACCAGAGACUGACCAGUCAGCAGAGAUGUUCAUCAGGGACAAAUAUGAGAAGAAGAAGUACAUGGACAAGAUCCUAGAUGUCAACAGGCUUAGAAAAGAGAAGAGCUGUGAAAACAUCCCCAUGGAGCCAGUAGUGUUUGAGAAGAUGAAGUUGAAGAGAGAAAACAGCCCAAAGACCCAGUCUCCAUCUAUCUCAGACCUCCUAGGACUUGACACUCCUGCUCCUCAUGCUGUUGUAUCUAAUGGUAGUUCCAGCCCCAGAGAGAGGGGGUGUCCUGCUGCGGCUAACCCAGCUACGAUGCACUCUGACCUGAAUCUAUUCAGCCCCUUGCCUGCCUCCUCCUCCACCACCUCCACCAAGACCACACCGGUGGAUAGCUCCAUGCCCAGGGGUUGUGUGGCCGCGUCGGUACCCGAGAAUCUCAGCCUGGUGCUGGACUCAGAACCCAGACAGGAGGGCUCUAGGACAAAGAUGUCUAAGGACUCCAUCCUCUCCCUCUACGCAACCACACCCACAUGGCACCAGAACCUGGCUGCACGAGCUGGCCUGUACAUGAACCCAGCCCAGCUGGGCUACUACGGAUCAUACCAUUCCCUGGCCACGCAGGGGGGAGCGAUGGGAAGAGGCAUGAUCACAUCACACUCCAUGAUGGCCCUGAGUGGUCAGCAGCAGAACGGUGUGAUGGGAGGACAACAGAACGGAAUGGUACUUGCACAGCAGAAUGGCUUUAUGGCUCAACACGGUGUCAUGGGCCAAGAAGUCAACACGUCCCCGUUCCUGGUAGGAGUGCCCCACAACAUGAUUGCUCAGCAGCAAAGCAUCAUGGGAGCUCAGCAGAAAGGCAUGAUGGGAGCUCAGCAGAACGGCAUGAUGGGAGCUCAGCAGAAUGGCAUGAUGGGAGCUCAGCAGCAAAGCAUCAUGGGAGCUCAGCAGAACGAUAUGAUGGGAGCUCAGCAGAAUGGCAUGACGGGAGCUCAGCAGAACGGCAUGAUGGGAGCUCAGCAAAACGGCAUGAUGGGAGCUCAGCAGAACGGCAUGAUGGUAGUUCCGCAGAACGGCAUGAUGGGAGUUCCGCAGAACGGCAUGAUGGUAGUUCCGCAGAACGGCAUGAUGGGAGCUCCGCAGAACGGCAUGAUGGGAGCUCAGCAGAAUGGCAUGAUGGGGGCUCAGCAGAACGGCAUGAUGGGAGCUCAGCAGAACAGCAUGAUGGUGGCUCAGCAGAACGGCAUGAUGGGGGUUCAGCAGAACGGCAUGACGGGAGCACAGCAGAACGGCAUGAUGGGGGCUCAGCAGAACGGUAUGAAGGGGGGAGUGGCGGCCGUGCCUCAGCAGGUAUACUACGGAGUACAGCAGGGUCAGCAGCAACAGUGGAACAUCACUCAGAUGACCCAGCACAUGGCGGGAGUGAACUUCUACGGAGCCAACGGCAUGAUGGGAUACGGCGGUCAGCACAUGGAAGGACCAACGGCGCAAAGCUCCACCCACACGAUGACAUCACACGUCUGGAAGUGAUGUCAUUAUCUGAAGAGGAAGUGAAGUUGAUGUCACUGGAGCAGCAGUGGUUCUUGGGAGGUUUCGAUCUGGCCUCAUGUACAGGACAGCUUUUCUA